AUGACGAUUCUUCGAAAGCUCUUUCGCAGAUCAAAGCAUGACAACGUGCGCGAGCCUCAGUAUGAUAGCAGCUACACAAGCUACAUCCCACCUCCACCUUUCUACAAGGAGCCGUCAUAUACAUACCAAGAGCCUUCAAUUACAUUUCGAGAGCGGUCAAAUACAUACCGGGAGCCAAUAUAUACGUAUGCCGCGACUAAAGCGCCUCACACAACCCAGAGAUACACCAACACAUCUCAAAGUCCUGCCAGCGACCUAGAAUCCCCACUUUCCGACACCUACACUACAAACAGCAUCUUUACCCCCAGCUCCAGCUUCUCCAGCCCCACACCCACACAGUCCUAUCCCAACCAGACCUACCCUUCACAACAGAACUACCAAUCCCACCAGCCCGCUACCUCCCCUCUCGCACCCCCAGGAACCCUCUGCCCCGCCUGCUCCGCCCCCAAUAAAACCCUCUACACAAAGUCCACCUACAACAACCUCAACUCCGGGCGCCCCUACCGCUCCUGCACGCGCUGCCGCGAAUGGAACGGCUUCACUGACACGCGCGGCCUGAAUCCAAACAAUCCGCUUUGUAACUGCAGGCUGCCGUCGAGACUGCAGACGAAGAGGGCGUUGAAUCAGAAUGGCCUGCAGGAGUUGUUUUAUACGUGUCAGUUCAAGGCGUGUUCUGGGUUUUACGAGGCGUUUAGGGGGAGGGAUGGGUUGGUGGCGGAGUUGGGGGUUGGGGAGGUGAGGGGGAUGGUGCAGAGAGGGGAGGUUUGA